CAAGGAGACGUGAACUGUGGUGCUACUCACAGCUAACCGUUAAGCUAGCUGUUGAAUUUAGAGGGCGAACGCGGAUUUUAGUGUCAUAUGGUCUGGUCAAAAGAGACAGCUGUGAUAUGGCUGAGCUUCACAUUAUAGGCCAGAUCGUCGGAGCUAGUGGUUUUCCGCAAAACAGUCUAUUUUGCAAAUGGGGCAUUCAUACUGGAGGAGCAUGGCGUCUUCUGUCGGGGCUGAAGGAGGGUCAGACCCAGGUAGAUAUCCCCCAAACCGGAGACAUGGCGUACUGGAGUCACCCUAUUGAUCUGCACUACGCAACCAAAGGACUCCAAGGAUGGCCAAAGUUUCAUUUUCAAGUGUGGCACCAAGACUCUUUCGGACGCUGCCAGCUGUACGGAUACGGGUACUGCCACGUCCCGUCUAGCCCCGGACAUCACCGGAUAAGCUGUGUGACUUGGAGGCCUCUCGGCUCCUGGCAGGAGCAACUAGCGCAAAUGUUUGUCGGCGGAGGUCCUCAUCUACGCAGCCCAGACCUCAUAUAUAGUGGGGCGGACAGAUACAGACUACAAACUGAAGCCAUGGGGACUGUGGAGCUGGAGCUGGGAGUUGUACUGAGACACUUUGACAAAUAUGGCGUCGAGAGCUGAAACAUUAAGAGGAAUAUACUUUAAAAAUGUUACGGAUUUUAUGUUGCAUAGGCACGGACCCUCUAUUUGAUUGUUAAAAUGCCUUUACUCACUUUUUUUUCUUAAAUUUUUAUUUCAGUUUUAUCUCCCGUUUUUACACUCAAACUACAAUUGUAUGUCGAACUAUUGUGAACGAAGUUGGUUCCUUGUUGAAAUAUACAGUCAUGUUCAAACAUAUCUCACAUUUAACAAGUAUUUUUUCAUGUAUUUACGAUGUAAGCUCAGAACUUUUUAACCUUUUCUUUAAAAUUUAUUAAAAUAUUUGUAUAUAAUAAAUGUGUAUGUUUGAAAAUUACAUUAUUAAGCAAUCCUACACUCAGUUGCGCCUUAAGUCAUGUGCCUGUAAUCUCUACAGACGUUUAAAAAAAAAAAAAAAAAACACAAGUACAGGU